AUGGACUGUAAUGUACAGGGUUUUCGAAAAGUUGCAACAAGUCGAUGGGAAUUCGGCAAUGACAUGUUUCGCAAGGGUGGAAAAGAUCAACUUUGUGAAAUUCGUCGUAGAAAAGCAUGGUCUAACAAGCCCCAACCUAAUGUACAAGUCCGCAUUGGACCCAAAGAUCGACAAGAUGAAGAUCAAAGGUCAUCAUCAACUUCAUCAUCGUCAGAGUACUCUACCCUCGUUGAUGAAAAUAGAAGGCUGAAGAAUGAAAAUGGAGUCCUAAAUUCUGAGCUUUCAAUUAUGAAGAAGAAAUGCAAGGAACUUCUUGAUUUGGUAACCAUGUAUGGAGGAAACUCGGAAAAGGAUGCAGAAGAAGAAGAAGAAAAUGUACGAGACGACGUUGGACCUAAGCUUUUUGGGGUUAGAUUGGAAGUUCAAGGGGAGAUGGAGAAGAAGAGAAAAAGAGCAGAUGAUGUUUGUGAAAGUUCUAG